CUCUCUCCAGCCUGUGUACCUCCCCAGGCCUCUCUGCACAGUCAGUUAAUAUUCCCCACCAGUACGUGAAGCUUUGGCUCUGUUCUGUUGGCCCUGUUACUUUCCUCAGAGGUUAUGAUCAAGUUGACCCUAGGUAGUAAUCUGAAUCACAUCACCAGAUUUCCCCAGGGCCUCUCUAACCAUUGAUGGCUCUCUCUACCAGGAGGUGUGCCAAGUGUGCUGGUCUGGGGUGAAAGUAUUGUUGUUUCUGGGUCAGACUGUAAGGUGGAAUUCCACGAUGGCAAUGGUGGCAUCCUGCAGCAGUUUGAUUACAGCACUCUCCCGAUGGUGCAAGAGUUUAGCACGGCGUGUUUCAACCCCAGUGGAGACACGGUGGUUCUGGGGAGCUUCAAUGGGUUCCAUGUCUUCAGUUUGACAAACCAGCAAGGAUUCUGGGAGGAUGUGGGGAGAAUACAAGUGGACAAUCCCUAUUCCAUCUCCGCCCUCGCUUGGAAACCAGACGGCAGUCAGCUGGCUGUGGGAGGGUUGUGUGGCAACGUGGACGUUUUCGAUGCUUGCGUUCGGAAGGAGCGUUACAAAGGCACGUUUGAGUUCACUUAUGUCACCAAGAGCCAGGUCAUUGUGAAGCACCUGUCCUCAGGAACCCGCAUUGUUAUCCGAUCGCAAUAUGGUUGGGAAAUUCUCAGGAUCAAUGUUUACCAUGUUCAGUACCUCAUUGCUCACACUUCCGAAUCGCUGCUCAUUGGCAAUCUGGAAACUUUCAAGUUGUCCGAGGUGUCGUGGCGCGGCAGUGGGAACGAAAAAUUUCUUGUGGACAAUCCGUCGGUAUGCAUGAUUCACAACGCCGGAGAACUCUCCUUGGUGGAAUAUGGCUGCAACGAGGUGCUAGGCACAUGUCGGACAGAAUAUUUGAGCCCAUUUUUGAUAAGCGUUCGCCUCAACGAUCACCUCUGUCGCUUGUCAGAUCCUUUCAACGAAGAUAACAAGAAGAUUGCAUACCUUAUUGAUCUUCAAACCAUUCGGAUAUUGGACCUUGUCAGCGGUGUGACUGCGGGUACACUCAAUCAUGAUUGCAAGAUCGAUUGGCUGGAGCUUAACCCUCAUGCAACCCACUUGCUGUUUCGAGACAAAAAGCAGCAACUUCAUCUUUUCAAUUUACUUACGCAGGAGCGAAUCACUCUAUUGUGUUUUUGUAGCUAUGUGCAGUGGGUGCCAGACAGUGAUGUUGUUGUCGCUCAGAAUCGAGGUAACUUGUACGUGUGGUACAGCAUCAAAAAUCCCGAACAGGCAACCAUUUUCCCGAUUAAGGGAGAAGUGGAAGGCAUUGAAAGGGCAGAGGGUCGCACAGAAGUACUAGUAGAUGAAGGGAGCAGUGCGGUGGGCUAUGUCUUAGACGAGGCACUGAUUGAAUUCGGUAUGGCGUUGGAGGCCCUUGCGUAUGACCGCGCCAUAGCAAUUUUAGAGCCUCUCAAGCUUGCGCCAGAAACCGAGGCAAUGUGGAAGCAGCUGGCUGAGGCAGCACUCUAUCACAAGGAGUUGGCAGUUGCCGAGCGAUGUUAUGCAGCUCUUGGAGAUGUUUCCAAGGCUCGUUAUGUCCACAAGGUAAGUCAAGCUAAAGACGAGGUUGUUCAAGAAGUUGGAAUUGAUGGUCUGGAUCACUACAUUGUGCGUGCAAAGCUUGCUUUGUUGCAACAUGAGUGGAAGGUAGCAGAGACGCUCCUGCUAGAGCAUGGGCAAGUGGGCAAGGCGAUUCAGAUGUACACAGAGUGCCACAGAUGGGAAGAGGCCAUAAGUGUUGCAGAAAGCCAAAACCAUCCAGAUUAUGCAAGCUUGAAACAAGGCCACUAUGAAUGGCUUCUGCAAACUGCCCAGGAAGAAGAGGCUGGAAAGCUGAAGGAAGUGGAUGGUGAUGUAAUUGGCGCCAUCACGUUGUUCUUGAAAGGCGGGCUUCCAGGACAUGCUGCCGAUUGUGUCAGCAAUCAUACUUUAUACACAUUUCCAGAUGAUAUUAUGGAGUCCAUAGCGAAUGCUCUCAUGCGAGCAAAUAAGUUUGAGAAAGCGGGAGAUUUUCUAGAGAUGUUGGGUAAAUAUGAAAGAGCCAAGGAGGCUUACAAGCGGGGCCGUGCGUACCGAAGAGCAAUUGAUCUAACCCGUCGAGUAUUUCCAGGGGAGGUGGCUGCUCUGGAAGAGGAGUGGGGUGGUUGGUUGGUCUCUCAGAAUCAGGUUGACGCUGCUAUUAAUCACUUCAUUGAAGCUGGUUGCAUCGAAAAGGCUAUUGAAUCCGCCAUGGCAUCGAGGCAAUGGACCAAGGCUGUCCAGAUCGUUGACGCUCAAGACAUAAAGAUUACAAUACCAUUUUGCGAAAGGAUUGCACGCCAUUUCGAAGCCGCAAAGCAGUACGCGGAGGCAGAAAUAUUCUUUGUGCGUGCUAAGUUGGCAAGUGAGGCAGUCGAGAUGUAUAUUCGUGCUAACAAGUGGGACGCUGCACACAAGGUGGCAGCACAUCACUUGUCAGAACCAGACGCAGCUGCUCUGUACCUACAACGAGCACGGCAACUGGAGGCCGUCACGCACUACACAGAUGCGGAAAAGCUGUAUAUUGAAGCCCAGGAGCCUGACCUUGCAAUUGAUAUGUACAAUAAAGCACGGAAAUUUGACCAUGUCAUACAGCUCGUCUCCAAGUACCGCCAGGAUGCUCUCGCAGAAACACAUCUCCGCAUAGCGCAACAACUUGAGAGAGAAGGAUGUUUGAGAGGUGCUGAGAUGCACUAUCAGGGUGCGCAAGAUUGGAGGAGCAGUGUCAAGAUGUACACUUCAAAUGGGUUGUGGGAAGAUGCUCUACGCGUGGCCAAGCUUUUUGGUGGCGUCCCUGGAUCCAAACAGGUUGCCUACGCAUGGGCAGUGUCAUUGGGUGGAGAUACGGGUGCACAGUUGCUGGUGAAGUUGGGUCUAGUGGAGCAAGCCAUUGAAUAUGCUAUGGAGGCCGGAGCUUUUGAACAUGCGUUCGACCUUUGCUGCGUUUCAUUGAACCACAAGCUUCCAGAGGUGCAAUUGAAGUAUGCCAUGUUUUUGGAAGAUGAAGGGCGGUUCCGUGAUGCUGAGGAUGCUUUUAUUAAAGUGGGCAAGCCUCGCGAGGCUAUUGAUAUGUAUAUGCACCAGCAGGACUGGACAGCAGCUCUGCGAGUGGCAGAUUUGUGUGAUCCAGCUACCAUAUCCGAUGUCUUGGUUGCGCAAGCGCAGGACAUGAUGAAGAAGGAAGAAUUGCAAAAAGCCGAAGCGCUUCUUAUUAGGGCUAAAAGGCCUGAUGUCGCAAUCAUUAUGUACCGCGAUAAGAUGCAAUGGGACGACGCUCUUCGAGUUGCUGAAUAUUUUCUGCCUUCUAAAGUGGCCGAAAUACACAGUGAUCUAGCGGAAUACAUGCAAAGCCAGAAUGGAGGGGAGGAUUCUGUUGAGAGCCUUCUUGCUCGCGGACGGGCAUUGGAGCUCAGUCAGAAUCACUCCGAGGCUAUUGAUGUUUACCUUCAGCUUGACUCUUCCCUGCUAGCAGAUUUUGACAAGCUUCAACAGGUGUGGAGCUUGGCCAUUAGUUUGUCAAAAGAAAAUGUUCCGGAACGGCUCCUCGAGGUCGUCAGCACAGUUGCUGGUCGUUUGAUAGAAGCGGAGUUGUAUGAAGUUGCUGGUGAGCUUUAUGAAGACAUCAAUGCCACGAAAGAGGCCACGAACAUGUAUAUUGAAGCAGGUCUGUGGGAGAAAGCAAGAGCCAUUGGUGCAAGCUCUGGGGCGCCGUUACAACAGCACGUGGAUGAUCUCUACAAGGAACACCUCAUUGAGAAAGGGGAUGCGGCUGAACUUGUCAAACUAGGUCAUGUUUCAGGUGCAGUGGAGAUCUAUGUACAAUUAGGCGACUGGCCGAAGGUGCACGAGGUAGCAGCUCUGUUGGGAACUGACGAAGAGAAGAACUACUCUCUCCGUCAUGCAAAAGAAUGCUUGCAGAAUGGCAAGUGUGGUGAAGCAAUCGACGUUCUUUCGCAACAUGGAGUACCCUUAAACUGCCCAGCUUUUGAACUUUGUAGUUUUGCUGCUUGUAAAAUUAUAUCUGCUGUUGAUUCGAUUCCCCAAAUCCAAUUUACAAUGCAGAAGCUACGGGAGAUCCUCUUCCAGAUUGUUAGCAGCCUCACCUUAAAUAGAGCUCUAUGUCCAGAAGUUCUGACGGAGCUCAAAAGAUUGCUGAUCAUUGUGAACUUCGUCACGUUGCGUUACAUCUCAGUCGCUCAGGAGCUGCAAGAGAUGCAGGCAAAACUCAGUAUUUCUUUGCUUCGGUACAUAGGAACGAUUCCUGCAGAUAGAGCGUUCUAUGAGGCUGGAAUGGCAUGCAAGCAGCUAGGAUGGCAAAACAUGGCUUUUGUAUUCCUAAACCGCUAUUUGGACAUCGUCGAGGCUAUUGAUGGUGAGGAUACGUCAACGAUCGACAAUGUGAACUUUGAAAUUAGUGAUAUUCCGCAAGAUUUCCCUAUACCAGAAAGGCACUUCCUAGAAGACAAGCAAAGAGAGGAGGUCCGUGAUUGGGUCAUUCAAUUGAGUAUGGAUCAACAGAUAGAGCGAGCAUUGCCCACACGAUCCUGUGAAGAUUGCGGUUCAAGCAUCUACGUGGCGAGCUUGGUUUGUUUUGUAUGCAAGAUGGAGAGCGAUAUGUGUUGUGUGACAGGGUAUCCAGUAGCAUCCGAAGACCGUGUCACAUGCAAAGCUUGCAAGAUGCCCGCAAACAAGCAUAACUGGAACGUGUACAUCCACAGGUGCCAGACGUGUCCCUGGUGCAUGGUCCCUCAACAACCAUUCUACUAGAUUCAUCCCCAGCUUUCCUCAACAGUAAAACUGUCAAUCCCUUGAAAACUUGCACACAGAACUCUGUUACGGCAUCCUCACGACUAUGCACAAAUACUAGCGAGUUUCAAGCUCGAAGUAGAUGUCAGUGACGAUCUGCCAAAAAGCGACCCAUCCACAUGCCAAGCUAGGCAUAACUUGCAUGAACAAGUCAAAAAACCCGAAGACUGAAAUUGCAAAACUACCACUCAGCACGCAAAAUUCAAGCAUGGAGCAUACAAAUGACUACAUUUCUUCCUUAUUGCCUUGAUUCAUGGAGUCUACCGCACAGUCAGUGUGCUCGACAUUCAAGCAUACUCUGAAACAGUCCGUUUCGUGGAAAAAUGAUAUCGGGGCAGUGAAAACAAAAUUCGAAAAGACUAUCAUGCUGUGAUUGAUUCUGAUGACACGAAAUGAUACCAAUCAAGCUAGAGAAAGACGGAAGAAAAAGCUUGCCAAACAUAAUUUUUUUUGUUCUUGCACACCAGUUCCCGCACCAUCUCUUAAACAAUAGAAGCAACCUAUCUGUGCUGAAAACUCAACAGUGACAAGCGAACGAGUGGUUGUGCCCGCUGUAUGAACAAAGUUUUUAAGGUUGUGAGGAUAGACACCCUAUAUUGCCAUGAGUUUCAUAGUGGAAGUGAAGCGAGAAUGCCAUUUGUACAGUUCUCAUUGUGCAGAAGGUGUAUUUGACACUGAAAAAACUGCAAAAAUAGAACCAACUAGGAAUGCAAUGUCAAGUCUAUCAGCAUUGAAUUCUAGUGAAUUAAUAUGCUUUCGAUAAGGUGUUAAAGGAAUUGAAUAAGAUUUUUUAAACAAGGUCAGUGGUUUUCUAA